UGGCGAGGAUUAACAACCUGCUGCUAUGCAGGCUAAUGAAACUGGUGAAGGGCUAAUCACUUUCUUCUGUCAUCUUGUCACUAACAGUGCAAAAGUCAGUGACAGUAAAGCCUAUAUAAUAUAUCAUAUUUACUGUAAUGCUGUGAAAGUUGUCAGUGUAUGAACAAAACUUUCUGUAAUUUAUAUAUUGAAGUGGUACCAAUGUUUUGUUAAGAAGAGGGCGGGGAGGAGAAUCUUUUGGAAGGCCUGUUAUCUGUAUUAUUUAGCCAUCCUGUUCCUAUUUCAGUUGGAUUUAGGGACCGUACAAUGUAAGUUUUCUUCUUACCGUGUGCAGCACCAUUUUCCUUGAGUUAUGUAGGUUCAUGUUUCUGUUUGACAGGGAGCAAGUGGGUUGCAUUGAUGCUGUCAGCGAUAGGAGUAGUACUAUGUAUACCAGCCAUCGUCGUAUCUGUUUUGUAUAUCACCCAGGAACAUGCCUCUGAUCUACCAUAUAAGGAUUAUGACAUUGCCGGCGGGGUAUGCAGCUGUGUUGAGCUUGUGAGCGUACUAGGUGCACUUAUCAUCACCGUCGUGGGGAUUCAAGAUUUUGGCAACCAUUCAGGAGGAGGGAGUCUUGAGAUGGGGAAUGGUAGACCAGAACCCCGAGAUUCCCCCAAAAGGCCACCUAGUGACAUUUCCAGGAAGGAUGUGAAUGUGGACAUGAAGCAGAGAGGAGGUCAAGGUCGUGGUUCACCGAGGAAGAACUCUGUGGAGCCUGUUGAGAAGAAAGCCAAGGUAGCAGCAAUGGCUGUAAGUGCACCAGCACCGAGGAAGUUACCUCCCAUGCCUCAAGUUGAUGUCAACAGUCAAGUUAGGGCGAUGAAGAAAAAGAAAAAAAGGAAGAAAAAUCUACCUGAGAAUGUUGAGUGAUGACUUCAAAAAACCAAGACAAGAACGGUCUUACUACAUUGUCUGUGAUAAUCUUAACCUUUUAUUAUAUCAUCAUCAGAAGUUCUAUCUGGUUUUGUCAGCCAUCGCUUGUGUGUAUUAUUUUAUCUAAGGAAUUUACCUGUGCUCGAAGUUUAUCCUUCCAGUGCCUACGAAGUCUGCAGGCAUAAUGUGGACAAACAGACUUCAUACAUAUAUACCUCAUACAUAUAUACUUCAUACAUACAGACCUCAUACAUACAGACCUCAUACAUACAGACCGCAAGCGUACAGACCUUAUACCUACAGACUUCACACAUACAGACCUCGUACAUACAAACCUCAUAGAUAGAGACCUCAUACAUACAGACCUCAUGCAUGCAAAUGUCAUACAUACAGGUCUCAUACAUACAGACCUUAUACAUACAAACCUCAAAUACACAUACAUCCUCUCUGGCCACACGUGGGAGGUCUAGCAUCAAACUGUGGAUGGUCGUGGAUUUCCCCCUUGGUCUGGUUUCUGCCCACCAUAAUGUUGGCCGUCAUUGUACAUGUAUAUCAUAAAUGAAAUAUUCUUGAGUAGGGCAUAAAGCCCCAAUCAAGUAAAUAAACGGAUCAAAUACAAAUUUGACUCACUGUCACACAGUUUAAAACAUUCCAUGAGAUCCUAAUCUUAUACAUCUUUAUUCAACCAAAGAUGCAGCAUGUACAUAAGCUCAGAACAUUUCUGAAAGCAGAGCUUUAAAAAGUGAUCAACCUAGAAUUUAGCAUUGUGGUAUUGACUCACCGAGAACAACCACCAGACAAGCUACUAGAAGUUAGCAUUGUGGUAUUGACUCACUGAGAACAACCACCAGACAAGCUACUAGAAGUUAGCAUUGUGGUAUUGACUCACCGAGAACAACCACCAGACAAGCUACUAGAAGUUAGCAUUGUGGUAUUGACUCACUGAGAACAACCACCAGACAAGCUACUAGAAGUUAGCAUUGUUGUAUUGACUCACCGAGAACAACCACUAGACAAGCUACUAGAAGUUAGCAUUGUGGUAUUGACUCACCGAGAACAACCACCAGACAAGCUACUAGAAGUUAGCAUUGUGGUAGUGACUCACCGAGAACAAUCACCAGACAAGCUACUAGAAGUUAGCAUUGUGGUAGUGACUCACCGAGAACAACCACCAGACAAGCUACUAGAAGUUAGCAUUGUGGUAGUGACUCACCGAGAACAACCACCAGACAAGCUACAGACAGACUUUGGAUGUAUUAUUUAUUCUUUUUUAUGCCUUUUUUUAUUUGAGCCAGUUUUGUGCACUCUGUCCUUGUCACUGAUCUCAGUGCAUCUGCAUAUUGGAAAGUCUGAUUACAUUUUGACUCUUGUUAUCCAUUAUAUCACAAGCUAAUGUUUGAAUUGUUGUACAGAUUGUGUUGGAGUGAUUUACUAGUAGGCCUGCACACAAGAUACUUUUGUUCCCGACAUUAAUCUGGAAUGUCAUAAUGAGAAUUGGACUUACAUGCCUGUAAUAGUUUUAUGGUUGUGACACUUUUGAUUUAAUUGUAAAUUUUGGUUUACAUUAUUUUGUAUUUACUAUACCAUGUAUUGUAGUUGAAUGAGCAUGAACAAACAUGGGAAUUUGCUUGAACAAUACAAAAUAUUGUGUAAGUUACAUGUACAAUAUUCCAGUUUCCUGUUUCUCAAAAUCAAUCGAAAUUAGAAUUUAAUGGGUGUUAUUUUCAAAUUGUAGAUAUUUAUCAGAAGCUGUCCACAUCUCAAUCGUUGCGGUAUACAUCAUAGGCUUUUAAGUAUGUGUGAACAUAUAUACAUAUGUAAAUUUUAUAGGUCUACCUGUUCUACAUAGUGUAAAUGUGUACAUGGGCUAUAAACUGUGUACAUGUGAUUCACAGUGCAGUGUGUACAUGGGCUAUACACUGUGUACAUGUGAAUUACAGUGGAGUGUGUACAUGGGCUGUACACUGUGUACACAUGAAUCACAGUGCAGUGUGUACAUUGGCUAUACACUGUGUACACGUGAAUUACAGUGCAGGGUGUACAUGGGCUGUACACUGUGUACACAUGAAUUACAGUGUGAUGUGUACAUGGGCUAUAAACUGUGUACAUGUGGAUCACAGUGCAGUGUGUACAUGGGGUAUACACUAUGUACACAUGAAUUACAGUGCAGUGUGUACAUGGGUUAUAAACUGUGUACAUGUGAAUCACAGUGCGGUGUGUACAUGGGCUGUAAACGGUGUACACAUGAAUUACAGUGUGAUGUGUUCAUUGGUUACACACUGUGUACACAUGAAUUACAGUGGAGUGUGUGCAUGGGCUGUUCACUGUGUACACAUGAAUUACAGUGCAGUGUGUACAUGGGCUGUACACUGUGUACACAUGAAUUACAGUGCAGUGUGUACACAUGAAUUACAGUGCAGUGUGUACAUGGGCUGUACACUGUGUACAUAUGAAUUACAGUGUAAUGUGUACAUGGUGUGUACACUGUGUACACGUGAAUUACAGUAUAUAGGCCUAUACUGUAUAGUAACUUGUUGCUUAUAGGCUAGAUCUGAAGAAAAGUCGCUUCCAGUCUGACAGGUUAUUCGUCUUUGGUUUAGAAGGUCAAACUUCAGCACCAAUGAGAACUGGAGUUUCAUUUCCCUAAUUACAUGAGCAAGGUGUCUGUCAUUCUAUGGAGAGCCGGUGAGAGUGGUUAUUUUCAUAAGACCAUACUGAGAAUGGCCACACUGAAUGGACUAAAAGAGGCAAAUACAUUCUAGAACUUGGAACUGUUUGAGGUUUAUUUUGUGAUGGAAUUAUUCAAUUUGCAAAAGUUACACACCAAGCUGAGGAUUCUGUGUUAUAGUAUUCUGGUUAGGCCCAGCACAACACCAUUCAGCAUGAGUACUCUGGUUAGGCCCAGCACAACACCAUUCAGCAGGAGUACUCUGGUUAGGCCCAGCACAACACCAUUCAGCAGGAGUAAUCUGGUUAGGCCCAGCACAACACCAUUCAGCAGGAGUAAUCUGGUUAGGCCCAGCACAACACCAUUCAGCAGGAGUACUCUGGUUAGGCCCAGCACAACACCAUUCAGCACGAGUACUCUGGUUAGGCCCAGCACAACACCAUUCAGCAUGAGUAUUCUGGUUAGACCCAGCACAACACCAUUCAAGAGGAGUACUCUGGUUAGGCCCAGCACAACACCAUUCAAGAGGAGUACUCUGGUUAGGCCC